AUGGGUAUGCUCCCUAGUGACUCUGAUUGGGAAAGUUCCAGUGAUAAUGGUAGUAGCAGUGAGGACAUAGAGGAACUUGAAUUUCUGUAUGGCGGUAGGGCAAGCAGCAUUUUCUCUAGUCUGGAGGAAAGCAUAGGGAAAAUUGAUGAUUUUCUCUCAUUUGAGAGAGGAUUCAUCCGUGGAGAUGUUGUUUGUUCUGUGACCGAUCCAUCUGGACAGAUGGGCAGAGUUGUAAAUGUUAAUAUGCUUGUCAACUUGGAAAAUAGUCAUGGAAGAAUCAUAAAAGAUGUUGAUUCAAAGAAGCUUUUGAAGAUUCGUUCCAUUUCAGUAGGAGAUUAUGUGGUUCAUGGGCCAUGGAUAGGAAGGGUUGAUGAAGUUAUUGACUCAGUCACUGUAGUUUUCGAUGAUGGGACAUCUUGUGAGGUUACUGCAGUGGAUCAAGAAAAGCUCUUGCCUAUAUCUCCUAACAUACUUGAAGAUUCAACAUAUCCAUAUUAUCCAGGACAGAGAGUGCAGAUCAGGCUCUCAGCAGUAUCUAAAUCAGCUAGAUGGUUAUGUGGAGCUUGGAAGGAAAAUCAGGAUGUAGGGACUGUUUCUGCUGUAAAAGCAGGCUUGGUGUAUGUAGAUUGGCUUGCCUGUGCUCUUUUUGGUAAUGACUUGAGUUUGCCUGCUCCUCAGCGUUUGCAGGAUGCCAAAAACCUGACUUUGUUUUCAUGCUUUUUACAUGAAAAUUGGCAACUUGGUGACUGGUGUAUGCUUCCUUUGGCCGAUUGUAAGGGUUUGAAAGAGCAGAUAAUCUUUGAUGCAUCCAUCAUUGAGGUCAUUAAAGAGGACAGGCAGAUCGGCCAUAGUUUUAAGGGACGGAACCCCUCUUCAAAUUUUCAGGAUAUACUAGUUAUUGUGAAGACAAAAACCAUUGUUGAUGUUGUGUGGCAGGAUGGUAGUUGCUCGCAGGGAUUGGAUUCACAGUCUCUGCUCCCUGUAAAUAUUGUCAACACUCAUGAUUUCUGGCCUGGGCAAUUUGUACUAGAGAAGGGUGCUUGUGAUGAUCCACAUUUUUCAGGCAACCAAAAAUGGGGUUUUGUGAAUUGUGUGGAUGCAAAAGAACGGACUGUUAAGGUGAAAUGGAAAUCAGUUGGAGUGGACCAGGCUAACAAUGUAGGAAGUGACCAGAUGGAGGAAACUGUCAGUGCCUACGAGCUAGUUGAACACCCUGACUACUCCUACUCUUAUGGGGAUAUUGUCUUUAAAAAUUUGGAUGAAGCUGAUAAAGACUAUGCGAACAGAGAGACUGGAAUGGGUGUGGAUGCUGCUGUUGAAGGCAGUGACCAUGGUGAAGAUCAGGUUGAUUACUUUUCGUGUAUCGGCUAUGUGACAGGCUUCGAAGAUGGUGGAGUUGAGGUGACUUGGGCUUCUAGUCUCAAAAGCAAGGUUUCACCUAAUCACAUAUUUCGAAUCGAUAAAUAUGAAGUUUCAGCUGAAACAAUGACGCAACAUGAACCACUUGAAGAGGACGUGAAUCAAGAGAUGGUUGAUCAUGACAAGCAAUUUUCAACCCUGAAAGGAAAAGACUUGCUUAAUUCCAUUGGCAUUGGCUAUGAGAGCACUAAGUCUAAGUGCCCAUGGGAGUCUAGUUCCUUUUUCCUUCCUCAAUCCGCUCUUGGAUUUUUCUCAAGGAUUGCAGAAGGUAUAUUUGGAUUCUUUGGUUCCACAACAGUUUCUGGGCCAAUAACAUCUGACCCUAUUAUCGAAGAUGGAAAUCAAUCCAAGACACCUGAAGAAAAAGAUAAGCCGGAAGCUUGUGAUCUGUGCUUUGAGUUGCAACCUUUAGUAGCUGACGACAGGCUGAGAUUUGAAGGGACAAAUUUAAAGCCAGAAGUCUUUUAUGGAGAUGAGAACAAACAUCGAUCUUCAUCUGCUGGCAAGAGACCAGAACAGUUCAAGCGAUUUGAUAUGGUUGUUGAUUGCUCUGACAACCACUUUCUUGAUGGUGCAGGCAAUGCAUUGGCAUUGUCCCAGGUGAAAAGAGGUUGGUUGAAGAAUGUUCAACGGGAAUGGAGUUUUCUAGAAAAAAAUCUUCCUGAAUCAAUCUAUGUCCGCAUCUAUGAGGAUAGGAUGGAUCUCCUUCGGGCAGCCAUUGUUGGUUCAAAUGGAACUCCAUAUCAUGAUGGGCUGUUCUUUUUUGAUAUAUUUCUUCCUCCAGAGUAUCCUCAUGAACCACCUGCAGUGCAUUAUCGUUCUGGUGGACUUCGUGUCAAUCCGAAUUUGUACGAGUCUGGAAAAAUCUGUCUCAGUCUCCUCAACACAUGGACAGGCUUAGGAUCUGAAGUAUGGAAUCCAGAAAGCUCCAGUAUUCUUCAAGUUCUUCUCUCCCUCCAGGCCCUCGUGCUUAACGAAAAACCUUACUUUAAUGAGGCUGGGUAUGAUACGCAGAUAGGGCGAGCUGAGGGAGAAAAAAAUUCUAUAAGCUAUAAUGAAAAUGCAUUCCUUAUGACCUGGAAGUCCAUGCUUUACCUAAUUCGCCAACCACCAAAGCAUUUUGAGGCACUCGUGGAGGAGCACUUACAUCGACGUUCCCAGAAUAUUCUAUUGGCUUGUAAAUCGUAUCUGGAAGGAGCUCCAGUGGCAUAUGCACUUGACUGUGGAAAGACCAAGCAUGAAAAUCAAAAGGGUGGUUCUACAGGGUUCAAAAUGAUGCUAGGAAAGCUCUUCCCAAAGCUCGUGGAGGCAUUUUCUGGUAAAGGAGUUGAUUGCAGCCAAUUCAUUGAACAAGACAAAUGA